UUUGAGCUGUGCUACAAACAUGGGGCUCGGCAAACAGAUGGGAUUCGGAAAGAAGGGGAAAAUUCAUGUGAACACAGAGAAGCCAACCUACUAUCCUGGAGAGUUUGUAAACGGUAACGUGUUCGUUGAUCUGAAGGAGGAGGUGGAGUGCGAUGCUGUGAUCGUGCAGUGUAAGGGAAAAGAGAAAUGUUACUGGCAAGAGACGAGACAAAGGACAAUAGACGAUGGGGAUGGAGAGAGUCACACGGAGUCGUAUGAAGUUCACUUUGAUGGUAGUAAGGAACUGUAUAAAAUGAAGAUCCCUCUUAGUCAGGGACGUACUUCGAUUCCUGCAGGACAAUGGAUUUAUCCGUUCCAGUUUCAACUUCCAAUGGAUUUGCCAGCAUCGUUUAAAUUCAAGGAUAACCAGUGGAGCCACGGAGAAGACAAUAAAAUAAAAGCAAAGAUUGAGUACACCUUCAAAGGAACUGUUGACGUAAAUGGUGCAUUCGCCAAAGAUCUGAAGGGAAAAUUAGAUGUCGCCAUCCUCAGUGUUCCACUUAACACAAUUCCUAUCGGCAAGAUGUCCAAAACUGAGACGGUUAUGAUGUGUUGUUGCAUACCUCGAGGAGAAGUUGAGAUGAUGGUGGAGGCAGAUAAGGGUGCCUACUACUGUGGAGAGACCGCGCAGAUGCACGUGCAAGUUGACAACAGGAGUUCCAGUGACAUUGACAAGAUGAAGGCGAAGUUUUACCGUAUCCUGACUCUGCGAGCAGAUGGACACAGCACAAGAUUCAAGCACCUCAUGAGUGAACUGCACUACGACGGGUGCGAGUCAGGGGACAAGUUGGAUCAGCACCAACAGCUACCCAUGAGCGGAGAGUUCCUGCCUGUAACUAACUCUAAACACAUUACUUGCGAGUAUCGUAUAGAGAUAGAGUGUGCUAUCCCGUGGGCCGCUGACGUGGAGCUUCAUAUCCCACUGGGCUUGUAUGAGCCACCCCGUGUCCAGUGGGGCUACCAACCUCCUUCCGAGAUGGUCUACUACCCUCCCCCUCCUCUCGAGUAGAGCCCUUCUAGAGUAUAAUCUUAGGACAGCUCAAGACGUCUUUUUAUUUUGGAAAUAUUACUGAAGUAUCCGACCUAUUGCUGUCAUCAUUAGUAAGUUAGUUUUGAUAUGGAUCGGUGGUAUUAGUUUGGUUGUGAAUUAAGUAAAUCAUGUUAAAUAAUUUCUUUUUUUCAUUUCUUAGCCACCAAAUAUUUUUUAAAUAGUAUUGGUCAUGAAAUGCGGUCAUGAAACUCGAUUUUUCAUGGACAAAAAGAAUACUUUUUAAAAGAUGCGGGUCACUCAAUAUGGCUCACUAAUAGUAACCGACAAUUUUUUAUAAUAUUUCAUCAUUUUUACAAAAGCCAUCAAAUUAUAACAUUUUAAACAUGAACUGUUGUAAAUUUGUGAUUAUAAUAAAUUCUGGUCGGUUAGAAUGUGAUUUUUUUCUGAAAUGUAGUAUAAUGAACACCAUUACAACCGUUUAGUUGAUCAGUAAAGCCUUUAGAACCAACCGAGAACAAACGGUUCUAAUUUUACUCGCGAGUAUUUUGUAAAAUGUUGCAUGUUGUUAAUUCGAAACUCAAGUAUCAUAGGUAGAGAUUAUACCUGUAGCCAUUGGCUCUACUGGGUCAAUCAUACCGUAUCUCUUUUUGGUCCGUUUGCAUCUCCAAUGGAUACCAAUAUCACCAAUGGUGACACAUGUUAUCUUUUAUCAUACUUUUAGCCACAUUUAGGAUGAAUUUUGAAGUAGUUUGGAAAUCUGAAUGUUAUAAUAGAAGUUAUAACAUUUUAUCUUUAGUAGAUGGUUGUGUAACUGAGAUAGAUAAUAGUAUUUCUAGUUAUCACGUUAACACAUAUUUUGUUAUUUUCGACUGUACCAAACUGAUCUAUUAGUAUUAAAUUCUGAAA